AUUUCAUUGGAUUAUCUUGAUAUUUGGUUUAUGGACCAAUAGUUGACGCCGACAGAAAGGCGGUUUUAAUUGGUUUUGUGAAAUGUUGUGUGGUCGGAAAGCAAGACUGUUAUUGUUCCUCAAAAAUAAUCAAAAUCAGGAACAAGAUGUUGUGUGAGCUUUUACUUAAGCAGCUGAAUGAACUUCGUGUCAACAAUGUUCAUUGUGACCUUGAACUCGUUGCCAAGGACAACACUAGUUUCCAUGUGCACAGAAUUGUCUUGACUGCACUCAAUCAGCGCCACUUCCAGCAGGCUUUAAAAAAGACAGUGCGGCAGGUAAAACCUGCAACACAUAGUAAAAUGUUCCUCAGUUUAGUGUUGGGUGAGGAGUUGGAAAUUCUGGUGGAGUUUAUGUAUGGUGCAGUAAUUAAAAAGCAAAGCAAGUAUGACAUUUUAGUAUCAGCACUGGCAAAACUAGAUAUGACAUACCUUUUAGAAGAGGCUGGAGUAUUUGUCUUAGAAAAUGACUAUGUUAAAGCUGUCAAAACAGAGGUAGAUGAUACACUAGAGAAUCCAGCAUCAGUAACAGAUAACAAUCCUAUCAUUCCUAUUGAAAGACAAUGUUUAACCAGCCAAGACAGAACAUCAGAGAGGAGCACAGAGAAUGUUGUGACAAACUCCAUUCAUGUCAAAAAAGAACCUGGAUUACCUGACUCUGAUAGUCAUGCAAAUGACAGUGUUAUUGAUACAAAUACUAGCACAAAAGUUAUUGCAAAAAACCUUCAAGUAGAACCAGGAUUACCCAACACUGAUAGUAACUUGAAUGUAAAUAAUAUUGAUACAAAUACUAACACAGGAGGUAGUUCAGAAAACUUUGAAGCAGACACAACUAAAACUGUUAGAAAUGUCUUGGAGACAAGUGAGGUACAUAGUACAGGAGAAAUAUUAAGAGAAGUAAAGGUUGAAGUGAAUGAAAAUACUGAAUGUCAGAACAUACCAAGAAUUGCCAGUAAACUUGAUAAAGUGAAUGAAACAUUGAGAAAUAGUAUUAAUGCUGAAGACAAUGUGAAUGAUAGUGAUGUUGGUGAAGUUAAAUACAGUGAAAUGAGUCCAUUUAGAGUAAAUGAUGUCCAUAACAGAGAUAGGCCUGCUCAAAGUACUGACGCACAUAACAGUGCAAAACAAAGUAUGGAUACUGUGAAUGAUACAAGUCUACCAAAGAUUAGCGAAGACGAUUCAACUAAUAGCAAAGAAAACAACAAUUUGUCACCUAGCAAGAAACUGAGACCUUUGUUACCAGUGCCUUCUGUAUAUUUAGUUCCAGCUUCUGUUGCAUCAAAAAUGUCACCUACAUUAGAAAAUACAAUACCAAGAACUGGUAUGACUUCAGUGUUAGUAACCAUUUCCAAACCAAAAACUGUGGUACAACCAUCUGUAUUAAUCUCUAGAGAAAAGGCAUCUUCUGAAUUAACUAUCAUUAAAAAGUCAAAUAUGUCAAGACAUACCACAACAUCUUUUCCAGCGUUAUUAUUUUCUACACCAGAUUCUUCUGCAAUAGGAUCUAAAAAGCAGACAUUUUCUUUAUUGUCUGACAGGAAAUCAUCAACUUCUCCAAACACAUCUCUUGCUGCUGGUCUAGGUGUAAGAGUUUCAAUACCAAAUUCUAUGAUACCUUCCUUUGUGCAAGUUUCUAAAGCGCAGACGUGUUCAGCUGUAUCAAGUAAUGCUAUGAUAUCUUCUCCAGGAAUAUUAGUGUCUACACCAAAGACAGUGAUAUCACCUUAUGUGUCAUCCACUACAAUACUACCUGAUUCUACAUUACCAUCUGUUAUCCCUACAGUUACAUCAAAUACUACUGUGUCUUCAGGCAUACCAGUUUCUACACCAAAAUCAGUGUUAUUGCCUUACAUGCCAAUUAGUACAAUAAGGACAUAUCCUCAAGUGAUGUCUACAAGAACCUUAGAAAUGCCAACAGCUAUAGAUAAACAGGUUGUUUCCACUUUAAGUUCUGGUGUAACUACUGAAGAUUUAUCAUUGUAUGUGCCAUCCAGUACAGUGCACACAUGUUCUCCAUUAAUGUCUGCAAGAACCUCAGAUAUACCAAUAACAUCAGAAAUUGCAUUGGUCUCCACAAGUUCUGGGAUAGCUGCUAGUGUUUUUUCGCCUUACAUGCCAUCAAGUAGAGUACAGACAUGUUCUACAUUAAUUUCGACACCAAGCUCAGAUAUACCAACAACUUCAGAACUAUCAGUUUCCACAGGGUGUGCUGGAAUUACUGAUUAUGAACCGAUACCUAAAAUGGAGCCAUGUGUGACAGUUUUGUCACCUAGAGGGUCAACCCUAUAUUCUUCAGUGACUAAACAUAUUAUGUGUGAGGGAGAAAGAUUUGACAAUGGUACAGAAAAGCAGAGAGGUACUUUUCAAUUCCAAACACAAGAAAGUUUGAAAUCUGCUAGAAGGAAACCUUUGUUUAAAAAGCCUAAAAAGACUGUGAAAAAGUAUUCAAAAAUAAAUGCUUCUGUUGUUAACAUUUUAGAUGACGAAGCAGAACCUUUAGAACUAAAUCGUCCAAAAUCUCCGGCUUUUGAGAAAGAUGAUGGAACUCACAGUAAUGAUUUACAAGAGACAGAAGUACUUGUUGAAAGUGCAGCUGCAUUUCUUAAAAUAUCUAAUGUAGCAGUUAUAAAGAAGGAAGAUGAUGAUAUUGUUAGUUCUGGCUUGAACAUGGCAACUACAGCUGGAGACAUUUUGGAUGAAAAUGCUGUCAGUUCUGACCUGACAGCUACUGCAAAGGGACAAAUUUCGAAUCAUAAAGUCAGUUCUGACUUACCAAAAGCAAUCAGAGACAAUUUGAAUGAUAAACCAGUCAGUUCUGACUUGACCCCAGCAUCUACCAUCAAAAACAUUUUAAAUGAUACAGUCAGUUCUGAUUUAGUCACUGCAGCUGCAGUGGGAGACAGUUUGAAUGUUAACACAGUCAAUUCUGACCUGACCUUAUCAUCUGCAGUUGGAAACACUGUGAAUGAUGAGGGUGUUACUUCUGAAAUAAAUAAGGCCAGUGCAAUUGGAAAGACAUUGAAUGAUUCAGUAGGUUCUCACUUAACCUCAGCAACUACCGUUAGAGAAACUUUUAAUGAUAAAACAGUCAGUACUGAGUUGACCAAAGUGACUGCCAUUGGAGAAACUUUGAAGGAUGAUACAGUCAGUUCUGACUUGGCUAAAGCAACUACACUUGGAGGCACUUUGAAUGACCAUACAGCUAGUAAAGAAAGAGAUGAACAACCAUCAGAAAGUGAUGAAAGGCCUAAAGAAAAUUUUACUACCACUUUUAAUGACUCUGAAACACCAAUUAAAUCUUCAUCAAACAGAUGCAUUAUACCUUCAUCAGAAAUACUUAAAUUGACACCUGAUGACAUAGUUGCUGUAAAAAGGAAAAAAGAAGCUAAUCUUGUAAGCAUUAAAAAGAUGAAAUCUCUUGGGGUCGUAAAGAAAGUUGAUAUACCGAGAACUUUAACUAAAACAACAAAGAAAAUAACUAAAACGACAAAGAAAACUGUAGAUACUGGGAGCUUAGGCAAAAUAGAAUCUGUGCAGAAGUCAUGUCAGGUUUCGUUAGUUAAGAUAUCUGAAAACUCGGCAGAAAUAGACAUGAAAUCAGUACUUGUUGAUGAGGAUGUAGGCAAGAUAGAAUCUAUACACAAGUCAAAUGAAUUUUCUACAAUUGACAAGAAAUCUGGCUGUCAAAAUGAAAAACAUAACAAUUCAGUUGAAUUAGAAAACAAGAGAAGGAAAACAGAGAUGAGACCUUGUGCAGUAUUUUUUGAGAAGGAUCAGUCAGAACAAUCUGAUGUGUUGGAAUUAGACGUAACUGUUAAUCGGUUUGGAAUAAAUGGUGAAAUGAAUGCAAAAUCAACUGAAACAAAUGCAAAAUCAGCUGAAACAAAUGCAAAAUCAGCUGAAAUAAAAGCAAAACCAGAUCAAAUAAAUGAUGAAAAUUGCAAAGAUACAGCUGAUGAAAUAGAGGAAAGAUGUGUUGAAAUGAAAGAAAUUAUCAAAGCGAAAAAAUUUGAUAAAACUGAUUUUGAUAAUGAACAUGGAUCAGAGGUAUGUUGUACUGGCAAUGAUAUAUCAUCAGAAGUGUUAAAAUCAAGUAUGUUCAUAUGGGAAGAAAGACAUACAGUUCAAGACAUUGACAAGAAAACAAAUCUUAAUGCAAAUUUUCAACAAAGAGAUUCAAUGUCUGAGCCAGUAGUUAAUCAAGAUUCACUUCAGCAGUCUAAUGAAGAUUGUCCCAAUGACACCCAGAAGGAAUGUAGAGUAGUUAGAAAUACUGCUGCUGUGAAUGAACUAUUUGAUAUUCAUACAGAAACAGAAUUAAAUGAAGGUAAUAACUCAGCUGAUAUAUUAAGUGAUGAAAUUGAGGAGAUUGAUAUGCAUAGUACAAGUAUAAUUGACAGAGAUAUGGACUGCUCUAAAACUUUGAGUGAUGAAAAAGGUGCAUUGAAGGAAUCAAACUCGGAGGAAACAAAUAGCUUAUUUCAGGUUCAGUCAAAAUCUAUCGUUGACCCCAGGAAUGAGAAGUUCCAGCCCAGUGUGAUCACAGUACAGUCAAGCAACAAUACAAACUCAAAUAUUUGUUCAGUGAGAACAGAACCUAGCCAGUGUCGUGAAGUACCAACCACAACAAAUCUAGUACCUAUGAUGAGUACACUCUCUCCAAAUAUUACUAGAAUGACAAGACCUAAACCUUUUACUAAAGCUCCCAAUAUUUUACCUAAGUUACCUAUAACUAUGGUGAGAUUUCCGUUGUCUCUGCGAGUAACUGGUCCAUCUAAUAAGCUUAGUCUGUGUCAGAUAGAUGCACCUGUAAUUACAAGUUCAUUCGUUUAUCCCAAUCAAAAGUUUGGAGAUAAAAUUGAUAAUGAAUGUGAAACAAGAAAAAGGAAAGAGAGUGGAUCUGAAGAAAAAAGAAAAAGACAUAAAAGCGAACCAGGAAAUAUAUCUUCAGAGAAAGGGAAACAGUUUAAAAAGCUUAAAAGUUCGGAAAAUAAAGAGCUCAUUAGUGAAAAAAGACCAGUAAGCUUUAAAAAAGACAGCAAGAGAAAGAAAAGCAAGGCUACUAAAAAGUCUUCAGUGGUAAAAAAGAAAAUGAGAAAUGACAUUUCUGUGGAAUGGGAUAGUGAAAAUGAGGAAGUGGAAGUAGUGAAGAGUACUGAACAUUUUCUGUCAAGACUUGAACAAACUGAUUCUGAUGUUGAUGUGGAUGUUCCAUUAUCAGAACUGAAAGAAAGAAUGAAUGCAGCACAUUUGUCAUCAUUUGAAAAAGAUCAGAUGUCAGUGACAGUUCACAGGACAACUAGAAUAGACUCUAAAGAUGAGGUUUCAUCUCAUAUUGUUUGCAAAUUGAAAAAUGAAAACACUAUGAAUGAAGAAGAAAAGUCUAAAACAUGUGAUGUUGAAAACCAGGCAGAAAGUUUGGAGGUUAGUGAAACAGUGGGUAAUUCAGAUAAUACACAGCAAGGUUGUGACAGAUACAGCAUAGACGAACUGAGGUCUCAACUCAAACUUAUGAGGGCAAAUAUAAAACUGCCAUACACUAAGAACAUAGCCAAUACUGAUAGUGAAAAAUGUAAUACGGUCUUUGAAAUUAGUGGUAGUGAAAGUUUUAUGAAUAUUGAAAAUAAUGAAGAGACUGUUCUAGGAGGUUCAAGACAAAACACUGAAGAAAAAAAUGUAGACUCAGUGGAUUGUGAGGAGUACCACGGAAAUAAGGAAAUUGCAGAGAGUAAUGAUGAAAAUGAAAUAGGUGAUUUUCUGUUAGCAAUAGAUAAAGAACUUAAAAAUUGUGUUAAGAAUGAAAGAAAUUCUAUAGCCUCAGUUAGUUGUUCAAAUAAUACAAAUGAUCAUUCAGAAGACAAAAAUGAGGAGGAACACAUACAUGAUGAAACAAAGGCUGACAAGUCUGAUAUGAUAGUAGAUUUAACAAUGCAGGAGGAUGAAACAAAUGUGUUUAGUUUUGGAAUACCUGGAGUGAUUCAAGAAAAAGGUUCUGAAACAUGUUUGUUUUCAGGCUCCUCUCCAGCGCUAAGGAAAGCACUAAUGUCUCCAGUGUCAACAGAAAGUUUGGAUAAGUCCAUUCAUUGCAACAGAUGUUAUGCUAAUGGUGUAACUUAUUCUUUAGAUUCACAAACUAGAUUAUGUAGAAAAUGCUUGAUUAGGCAUCAGAAGCAAAGAGAUAACAUAAGAAAAAACAGUAAAAACAUAAGCUUGCAGAAGAAAAAAGUUGAAUUCGAUUAUAGGGAACACAAGAUUAAAUUACAAGAAAAUAUUAAUAUAGAGAAAGCUAAAAGAACUAAAACGAAACUUUUAAGAAAGAGAGCAGGAUUAUUUAAAGCAACACUAUCUGUUACUGCCCCAGCAUAUAAUAAACCUGCACUUACUACUUCAGAGAGGACACAAAGUCCCACUGCAUCAAACAAAAAUUGCUUUGAAGCAAAAGAAGAUAAAUUUAAAAAUGAUCUAAAAGAGAAAAGAACUGAAGUUGUUGUUUCAGAAUCACUUUCAACAACAGUUACAUCUUCUGUUUGUUUGUCAAGACCACCAGUAGUGCCAAAUUUAACAUUGUCUCCAGGAAGCUUAGCAAUAGCCUCAAAAAAGCCUCUCCCUGCUUCAUAUGUAUUUCAUGAAACGUCACCAGUCUUGUCAUCACAGCGUUUUCCAGCUAUCAAACCAAAGGUUGAACCUGCUGUGCAGCUGUAUACACCUGUUCUAUUAUCAAGACCUAUAAUGUCAUGUUCUUUGACAUCAGCUGCUGUAUCAGUUUCACCAGUGCUGUCACCAUGUCAUAUGGAUUCAACUUCAGUUGUAAGAGGAUCAAAUAGUUCAUCAUUAGUAAUGUCACCACAAUCAGUUGAAUCUUCAGUAGCUACAGCAUGGCCAAUUUUGCCAACCACUUCAGGGUUAUUGUCAGUUGAUAGAGGAUCAAGUAGUGCUUUACUAAUAAGGUCACCACAGACAAUUACAUCUUUGGUUUCUAGAGCAGUGCCAGUUUUGCCAUCCACUGUAGCAUCAUUGUCAGAUGCUAGAGGGUCAAAUAGUGAAUCACUAGUAAUGUCUUCAGGAACAUUUGAAUCUUCAGUUGCUAGAGCAAAGCCAGUUUUGCCAUCCACUAUAGCAUCAGUGUCAGUAAUGUCACCACAAACAGUCGCAUCAUCUGUUACUAGAUCAUUCUCAGUAUUGCCAUCCACUGCAAAAUCAUCAUCAGCUGCUAGAGAAUCAAACAGAAUGUCACUAGUAAUGUCACCACAAACAGUUACAUCUUCUGUUGUUAGGGCAUCACCAAAACCAGUUUUACCACCACAUACAAUUGCAUCAUCAGGCUCUACAGUAUCCAACAUGGCAUCUCCAAAAUCCGUUUUGGCAUCAAUGUUAGCUUCUCAACCUUUGGCACCAGUUCCAUCAGCAGCAGUUUUGAUAUUUAAGUCUCCAGGAGUUACACUGAAAAAUGAAGAUUUCUUAGGACAUGGUGACACUGGUGCAGGAUACAGGAACAUUCAACCAAAUCCAGACUAAUUUUCUCAAAAUGAUUGGGUUCUGUAGGUUAUAUAUUGGUCAAAGCAUUAGGUGUUAUUAUCAGUACUUAAUGUAGUUAUCUUAUGAUGAAUUUGUAUACCAGUAAUUAAAUAAAAAUCAUGCUGUUGGUAGUGUUGCCACAGACAUCUUUUGUAAAAAUGUUAUUUCUUGAAACUUAAGCUGUUUUUUUCCCAGGGAAAGUAGAAAUGGUUUAUCGUACGAUGUUGAUUUAAAUAUAACAUUAAGUUGUAUGUCCAAAAUCUAGCAUGUUACUUUAUACAGAAUUUUGCUGACUGGAUUUAAGUUGUAACUUUUUCACCAGUAUUUUGUAUACUGCUCCCUUUUAAUACUCCUUGUUAUUUGAUAUUAGUGUUAUAGAAUGUGCUAUAUUCAAACUUAUAUUCAUAAUUAUUCAAAAUAGUGUAGUUUAUUUAUAAAAGUUAAAACUAUGUAUUUUGAAUUGGGUUUUAAAGCCUUGUAUUUCUAACAUCUAAUAACUUUGCUUUCAAUUAGCCAAAUGCGUCUUUGCCCAUAUUCAUAAAGCAUCUUAGUAGAAACAAUUCACUAAGACCUGGGCCUGUAUUCGUCAACAUUUAAGUCUAAAAUGUACACUUGGACUGUAAAUCUCUAAAAAUUCAAUUUGCACUAACUUUGUAAAAAUUACUACAUUGCCGAAAAAUGCUACAUUGCCGAGACUUUGCACAGGUUUUUUGUUGUAGUGUAUGCCAUAUUCAUGCCAAAUUUCAUUAAAAUCCAUACAAGUUAAACAAUUGUAGGGCAAAAUGUAGUUUCAGACUUACAAUGUUCAUGAAUACAGGCCCAGAAUUUUAGAUUUUCUUUUAAUUGAAAACCAUUCUUAUGAGGUAUCUACCUUGAUUUCUGUUGAAUAGUAAGAUGGAAUCUACAAAUCUGUCAAUCACUCAUGUAAUAUUUUAUUAAAAAAAAAUAUUGAAGCUUAUUUCAACCAAAUUUAACAGGAUUUUUUUUGGUUGAUUCCUUCAAAUCUAGGAUUAAUCAUCCAUGCAGAAUUAAUUGUGGUUGCCAUGGCACCCAAAAGGAAAAACUUCAAAAAUCAUCUAGUUUGAAAUAAUUUCAUAGAAAAAUUUUGGUGAACUUCCUCAAAGCCAUUCUGUUUUGUUAAAAAACAAAUGCUGGCUGCCAGGGCUGGGGAUCAUUUUACCUUUAUGGCCAUAUGGAAAACUUUGAAAACCUUACUUCUGUUUCGUUAAAAAACAUGGUCUCCAGGGCCGGAGCAAGUACUACUUGCCUGAUUUCAAAAUCAUUUCAGAGCAAUAUUCCUGAAGUGACCCUUAACCCACUUCCUUCCAAUCAUUCUGUUUCAUUAGGAAACAUAGUCACCAGGAGUGGGGCUAGUUUUCAAUAAAUGGCUUUAAAAUUUAUGGAAAACUUUUGAAAUCUUUUCUCUGAAACAGUUUGCUUAAAAUCAAAAUGAGUUCACAGUAUUGUUCCUUUGGUAAUCUUCUACCAAAUUCCUGCAAGUCUUUCUGUUUCAUUAUAAAAUGUCCUCCAUUUUCCCUAUUUGGCUUUAUAAGUUUUAAAAUUUCCAAGGUUUACUACCUUCUGUACAAUAUUUUUGGUUAUUUAUAAGAAUAUCUUGCAAAAAUCUUAUGUCAAUAAGUUUGUACCACUAGUCACUUUCAGAUUACUCUCUUUUUAUGGAUUUUUGAGAGAAAUUAUUUUUUGCCUAGAAUGUGUGGGUUAGUCCCUUUAAUAUAACUAUGUUCUUUGGGUGAGCCUAUACCAGAUUUCUUCAGGCUACAUGUAUGUUAAUGUGUUCAAAACCAAGGCUGGCUGGGCAUAGUUUUCUCUAUUUGGCUUUAUGGAACACUUAAAAAAGACUGCUGGCCUGAAUUCAGAGUAAUUUCAACAGAUGUUUCUUGGGUGACACUCUACCAAAUUCCUUCUAGUCUCUACCCACUUUACUCCUCCGCAAACAUACCUGUAUAAUUGGAAACAUUAGAAAGUCUACUUGUCAUAGAAACUCUGGUCCGAUUUCAAAAUUAUUUCACAGAUAUUUUCUUUAUAAAAGCAAACUGUGAAACUCGGGCGAGUGUUGUAGGGCCGUCAUAGCCGUAUUGUUCAUGAAAACAAACUCGGUGAUUUCUUUAACUGUGAUAAAGGAAUAAUGUGCACAUGUAAAUAAAAUAAUUUCCAGCAAUCAUUUUCUUGUCCAAUUAAGGAAAAUAUAAUAAUUGAAUUAAAUAUUUCAUAAUAAUAUAAAAUGAUGCAACAUUUCAUUAUUAGUAAUUUACAAAUGAAAUGACCUUAUAUUGUACUGUAUACUGUGAAAUCAUUUAAUUUUGUGGGCAUGAAAUUUCAUGGUUUUGGUCAUAAUGGCAAUUUCGUGGGGAUUUGAAUUCGUGGGUUUCAACAUACGAACAUAAAAUGAAUGAGAAUUUUACUUUUUCGUUGGGAUUAAAUUUUGUGGAUAGACUCAACCACGAAAUCCACGAAAAUAAGUCCCUAACGAAUAUUAAUGAUUUGACAGUAUAAGUUUUCAUCACUUGGUCGGCAUUGCCUGGUUAAGUUUUGUGUUUAGAUCAGCUUUUCUACUAAACUAUCAAAGCUGUUUCUUUAAUACCUGCAACACUUGUUCACCAUUAAUAGCUGACUCUGUACAGAAAGAAACAUAACUCAUCCUGUUUUUUUUGCAAGAAUUGUGGCCCCUUUUGGACUUAGAAAAUCUAUUAUACAGAGACAAAAAAUCAGAUGAGCAUCUGCACCUGCAAGGCGGUGCUCUUGUUUUGCUGUGCUCUGAUCCACCAAAAUUGCCCCUAUGUACUGUACUGAAACAUGUUUUGCCUCUGAGGGUGACAUUUUUUGCAUAAGUGUCCACUCUCCCUUUCCAUUUCUUCAGUUGUAGUUAGUUUAGUCCAUUGCAGUUAUAGUUUAACUUCUGAAAUCAGGCAAAAUGUAAGAAUUAUUUCUACUGAAAACGUAAUGUAACUUCCAUUUACAAAGUGUGCGUGUUUUCAAUUAGCUCUAUUUAAUUGAAAAGAAAAAUAUCCCUACCUAUCUACCAACUCUUUUUUAAAGCGAGCAAAGACACAAUAUUUUAAGGAUAGCCCGGGGGGUGGGGAGGAUCAUGUUCAUGAUGUUAUUUCACUGCAGUCUGAUCUGUUUAAAGGGGCCACAGUUUGGAAAUGGAAAAAAUUGGGCUUUGUUAUCAGGUAACCUGGCCUAAGGGGUAAAAUCUUUUUGUUGGUAGGUAAACAGGAGAAAUUGGUGACAUUCCAAAUUGGGUUAUUAUACACUUGAGGUCUUUAUUUGAAGGUGUUUUUUGGACAUGUUUGACUGCAGUCGUGCUUAUCAAAAUAUGCUACAAAUGUUUUUACUGUUAAUCAAAUUGUUAUACGUUCUUGCAUUUGUAAUAUCAAAAUGAAUUUUUGUAAUGUUGUUAAUUAGUUAAAAACUAAAUAAAAUGUUAUGCCAAUAGUUCAAAAUAAAAAGUUUAAAAUUUAAA